UACAAGUUGUUUUUUUUGACUGAGGUUGUUGUAAGUCAUGCAUGAAAGGGUUAGAAGAGUAUAUGUAAAUAAAUUAAAUCUCAGUGCCAUGUACUUGCCAUGGACACAGCCUGGUUUUAAGUCGGUCUGCAGCAGGUGGCAGCAUCCGCCUUCACGGGAUCAGGUUAGGACAUGAUGUCAUGUUGUGUUCAGCUGUUGCCAGGCAACCCCUGUAGACAUGACCGAGUUGCACCAAGCGGCUGCAGCAGGGGAUUAUGACAAAGUUGAGGAGAUUCUGAGGCAGAAAAAAUGCAGUCCCAACGAGAGGGACAUCGACUGGAGCAACAAGACGCCUCUGCACUGGGCUGCAGCCAAAGGACACACAAAAAUGGUCAGGGUCCUCAUUGCACAUGGAGCGCGGCCAUGUCCGAGGACAAACUAUGGAUGGACUCCUGCUCACGCUGCCGCAGAGUACGGCCACCUGUCUGUGCUGCGGCUGCUUCACUCUCUCAACGCUCCCAUAGACAAGGAGGACAGUUACGGAGACAAACCAGUGCGGAUAGCCGAAAUAUAUGGACACCUGGACUGCGUUCGAUUCCUUCUAAAAGCAGAGACUGAGGGCCAGGCCUACCGCAAGAUGGCAGCGCUAAAAGGGAUUUCACUGGACGACUCGGAUGAAGAGUGGGCACAAUGCAGCAAAAUAAAUGAAGAGAACUUGAUCUCGCACCGAAACAUUCAGGUGUAG